GGUUGUCAAUAUGACAUUUAAAAAUUGUUUCUUGAUUUUAAGAUGAUCGAACAUGAAUAAAAAGCCUGAUUUUUGUGUAUUUCAUGGAUUUUUCUUAUAAAAUCUAUAAAUAUUGUGUUUUUCAGUGGUCAUGUACAUAAUUACAACCAAGUUGUUUUAUUCGACCCGUUGCAUGAGCGAUGCCUAAACCUGAUAAGAGAGAUUUCGUAGACAGAUAUAACGCGUGUUUUGUGGAUUUUGGUCUCAAAGUAGUGACAGGACUCAUAAUCGGCAGUAUGCUGGGUGGGUUCUUCCUGCGCGGGUACCGGAAAUGGCCGAUGUAUAUCGGAGGUGGCCUCGGAGUGGGCAUGGCGUACAGCAACUGUGAGAACAGCCUGAACGACUAUCUGCUGUCCAUGGACCCGAAGAUCUGUACAAUAAAAAAGCAGCCCUGAUCCAGUGAACGCGUGUACCUAUAUACUUUGUACGAUAUGUUACGAAGAUUUGAAGUUUGUGAAAAAAUAUUGUAGAAAUAAAAUCUUGUAAAGUUUUA